AUGUCAAACACUUCACAGCGUUCAGUCAGCAACUUCCGCAUGCCUGCUCAGCUCGCUCUGAAGCAAGGACAAAAAAUCGGUUCUCUCAACAAACUCGGAGAGAAGGUCAAGAAUUGGAAAACUCGAAUUUUCGUUCUCUUGAAAACCAAUCUUCUCUAUUAUAAAACUGCCGAAGACAAACACUAUACGGGUGUCAUUAAUAUUUUAAAUUGUCCAAUAUUACGAUGUGAUCCGAGUGAAACACCUGGAAAUAUGAAACAUUGUUUAAAGAUACAGACCAAAACAAGAACAUAUUAUUUGAGUGCAAGUUCGGAACAAGAUGCGAAUGAAUGGCUCAUUGCACUCAUCGAACAAUCCGGAUAUAAAAUCAUUGUCAAGCAGGCACAAGAUCCCACUCCUCUCGAACCUUCUCAUCGUUCCUGUCAAAUCUUUGGUUCCAUUCAAAAAGCCAUCGAUGCAGCACGUGGUGGAGAAAAAAUUUUAAUUUAUCCUGGAAUUUAUCGUGAAAAUUUAUGGAUUGAAAAACCCAUUCAAUUGUGUGGAUACAUGUCUGAAUUGGAACGAAAACAACGAAGUGAGGCAAUCAAACAAAUUAUUUCUCAGACUCAACAACAAGAUGAAUCCGUUCAACAUGCAUCGAAUGAAGGUGGCGCCUAUGAAAAAGUAGCUCCUAUUCAAAAUGUGAAAAAAUCAAUGACCAUUGAAAUGAUGAAUCAUUCAUCAAUGAAUGCAUCACAAACUAUCAUGAAUGAUCCAUCAAGAAUGAGUGAAAGUGAAUUGAAAAAGACUGCUUCUUCUCGACGUGCCAAAAAUACCAAUGCCGCUGCUGAUCAAGAAAUGAAAAAACGAAUCGAAGAAGAACGUGUGAAAACACGAGCUAUUGGAUCGACCAAUACCAUUAUUAUAGAAAAUGCUGAUGAUUCUGAGAGUGUUAUUGUCUAUAAGGCCAAUGGAGGAGUCAUUUCAAAUGUGACCUUACGUAGUCGUCUCUCCAACCCGUCACAAUAUUCCAUCGAAGAAGAAAAACCUCUUUCGAGUUGUUUAGAAAUGGACAAUGGAGGUUUAACCUUAAAAGGAGUAACCAUAUCCUCUGCAGAAUGUGGCUCAGGAAUAUUAGCAACCAAUAAGAGUAUUCUCAUUCUCAUGGAAUGUAUCAUUUCACAAUGUCGAGACAUGGGUGUUUGGUUAAUGGAUCGAACACAAUGUACCAUUUCUCGAUCGAGAAUUGUGAGUUGUAAAGUCGAUGCCAUUCGAGUGAGUGGUGAAAGUACUCUUCACAAAUUAUCACAUACGGACAUGUUAGGUUCUGGAUUGAAUGGAUUGUGUGUUUGUGAUCGAGCUCUGUGUAGUUCCAUGCAUUCAUGUCAAAUUUCACAGAGUGUGGCAAAUAAUAUUUGUGUACAAAAUGAAGCGAGAAUUCGUCGAGUGGUUGGAUGUACUCUUACCAAUAGUUCUGAAUUUGGAAUUUUAUUUUCAAACAUACCAACACGAGGACUCUCUGAGGAAGAUAUCAUUUGUAAGCUCACGAAUAAUAAGAUUGAAAAUAAUGUAUUGGGAGAUGUGUAUAUUGAACAUUUGGAUUAUAUGGGAAGAUUUGUGAAAAAGUAUGUGAGAAGAAAGAAGAAGGAAGUGGUCAAGUAG